GGCGGUGGAUGAGGAACACUUUGUGCCGAGCGCCCGCCCGCCCAGCCCUCCUCCUUCCCGCCGGCGCCGCGGGGCCUGGAUGCCUGCGCUGUUUGUAGGUCUGGGGUCUCAAGAAGCCGAGUACUUAGCACCUGUCCCGCAGCUCUGGACUCCCACUCUUUGUCCCCGGGUGUCCUCACCGAUCUACGGGUAGACACCGCGCGUGGUCAACAGGGUCAUAUAGAUUCCGUGGCCCAUUUUAAAACAAAGCUCAAUUAUAAGCGCUGUUCAUUCCAGCCCAGUUUCAGAUCCCCGAGGGCGCUGUCAACUAGAACCCACCGGAAGCUCCAUCGGGGCAAAUAGAACCGGGCUCGUAGCCUCGUGAUCAACCGGUUUGAGGCUAUCAGCUCGUUCAGGUCCGGACUGCUAGAACCUAGGCAGAUCUCUGUGUGGUGGCCAGAGAGUUGAGGACCCAGUCUCCCAUUUGGUGCGAUCGGACGUACUGCGUGUUUGGUAACUGAACAUCAAUCGCUGAAGGUGGCAGGGACAGUAAUGCCUCUAUCUCCGGGACCCCCAUCUUCCCAUAAUCUCCGCUCCCCUCUGGCCAGGACUGUACGCUGCUGCGUUGGUUCUAAAGUGCGUCACGGACGGGCACCGGCCGCGCCGCUCCACCGGCCUGGGUGAGGUUGGCGCCGGGCCAGCGCAGGCUGGGCCAGCAGCUCUUGGCCAUCACCCCGCCUAGAGACCCGGGUGUGGAAAGCGCUCAAGUUGCGCAGCAUCGGGAUCGCUGCUGGAGACGCUCUCCGCUAGGGGCUCGGCGCCCCGGAUCGGCCUCAGCAAUGCUCCGGGGCACGAGGUGACACCCCCUAGACUCUCUAGGCUCUCUAGGCGCGUGGAACCAGGGAGAUUUCUUCAGAAGAAACUACGCCUCGGCCUCCCUGGGAUCCUCGCCCCGCCCCAGGUCUCCGCCCCCUCCCCUUGGCUUGGGAUCCGGGACCCGGUGGCGACCGCCUAAGAAGCUCCAGCAGACUGGACCAGGAGGCGGCAGGGGGCUGGGAGCCGGUGGCUACGGACUCGCCCCGCCAUGUGACGCGAUCCUCCUGCCUGCGAUCCCAGCACCGGCGCCCGCGCCCAGCCGCGCCGCGCAUCAUGGUCUUGCCCGGACACCCGCGUCUGCCGCCCGGGCCACAGCCACCGCAGAAUCCCGGCCUCCGCAGGCAGGUAGAGCCUCCAGGGCAGCUUCUGCGCCUCUUCUACUGCACGGUCCUAGUGUGCUCCAAAGAGACCUCCGCGCUCACCGAUUUUUCCGGUUACUUAACCAAACUCCUGCAAAACCACACCGCCUAUGCCUGUGACGGGGACUAUUUGAAUCUGCAGUGUCCUCGGCAUUCAACAAUAAGUGUGCAGUCGGCAUUUUAUGGGCAAGAUUUCCAAAGGUGUAGCCCCCAGGAGCCCAUCUCCCAGAGGGAAGACAACUUGACCUGUGUGGCAUCCACCGCUUUGCAGAAGGUGCUGGACGAGUGCCAGAACCAGCGGGCCUGCCACCUCCUGGUCAAUAGCCGAGUCUUCGGACCUGACCUUUGUCCAGGAAGCAGUAAAUACCUCCUGGUCUCCUUUAAAUGCCAACCUAAUGAGUUGAAAAACAAAACAGUGUGUGAAGACCAGGAACUGAAGCUUCACUGCCACGGGUCCAAGUUUCUCAACAUCUACUCUGCCGCCUACGGCCGGAGGACCCAGCAGACAGACAUCUGUUCCUCCGGGGCGGAGCUGCUGCCCCCCUUUGACUGCCUGUCUUACACGGCUUCACAAGUCCUGUCCAGAAGGUGCUACGGGAAGCAGAGAUGUAAGGUCCUCGUCGAUAAUUACCACUUCGGAAGCCCAUGUCUUCCCGGAGUGAAAAAAUACCUCACUGUUGCCUACGCGUGUGUUCCCAAGAACAUACUCACGGCGGUUGACCCAGCCGUUGCUAACCUAAAUCCCUCUCUGAAGAAAGACGAUGAAUACGGUAUAAAAUUCAACCCAAGCGGAUCGAGGGUUGUGCGGAAAGAUGGCGUUAUUGUCAGCAACUCUCUGGCUGCGUUUGCUUACAUUCGAGAGACCUGACAUAGAAGUGCGUUUCUGCCUGGAGCUGGCCCUGUCCUCCACACAAGUGGCCAGAAAACGAUUAAGGCUCUGGUCUCUUGCUACGUCACAAAAGCUAUCAAUUCCAACACAUGGGACUCUCGAGCUUUGUCUGAACUAUGUCAGAAGAGAGAACGGACCGGCAGAGCAGGCUUUGAUCUGCAAGAGAGAGGAGGACUGACCAGAUGCCCUGGCCUUGGUAUCAUAGUUUAGUGACUCUGUGUCAAGCAUCGGUGUCUCCAGAUAGCCCAUCCCCCACCACUCCCAGCCGUCAAAGUAGCUUCACUCCUGUGGAAAGGGCUCGUGGCUCUGUGAGAGCCAGAUCUUUAUACACUUUGUCUCUUCGACACUAGACACUAGAGUUGACGCUGACAGAGACAGUUUGCUGUCCUUUCCUCAGCCAAAAUAAAUGUUAAUUCAGACAUCUUCAUCUUAAAGAGAGUGGGUAGAUAAGAGGCAGAGGUCAUAACAUGCUGGGCAGAUGAGUAGAGCCCCUCUAGGGACAGCUUGGGCUGUGGGAAGGAGGUAUCCCCUUUCAGGAAGAUAAAAGUGUCUGGGUUCCAUCUCUCCUGUCAGAUCUCAGCUGUGAGGUCCCUCCCUGCAGAGGAAUCUCGGCAGCCCUGGAGUUUUGAGACUCCAGUCUAGACCUCUGGGGAAAGACAGCAGUUGUAAAGACAACAGUCUUCAUUGUUUUUCCCACAAUGAAAGAGUGUGCCGGGAGGAGGCCCAGCAGUUGAGAUGUCCCGAGAAAAUGCUGGGGGCACCAAAGUAUAUUCCACAAGGAGCUCUAGGAUCCAGCCUGGUUCUGCCUGGAAAGGCUGCUGGCCUCUGCAAUUUUCCCUCCCAGCCUCAGUUUGAACAUCUGUAGGCGUGGCCAAUCAAUGGGCCCCAGCUCAAAUCUAUAAAUAAAGUUUAAUUGGGACACGGGCCUCGUACUAUACAUAGUAUCAGUGGCUGCUAGUUAUAAUUUGAAUCUGGGAUGUUCCCCCUAAGUUCAUGUUCUGAAUGUGUGUUCCCCACUAGUAAUGCCAUUUUGGGAAGAACCCGGGGUCCUGGUCUACUGUUCUCUGACAGGAGAGAGGGCAAGUCUUCAAAAUUAUGAGCCAAAAUGAACCCUUUCGGAUCCUCACAUGUUCUCUUCUUCUCGCAGCCCACCCCGAGAGAGCUGCUCUGCUGUUCGUGUCUAGUGUCUGCAUCGGCCUGUUCCUCACACUGUGUGCCCUGGUCAUCAGAGUGUCCUGCACCAAGGACUUCCAGGAGCUGAGGCAGGGGAGGGAGCACCUGGUGCAAGGGAGUGACAAGGCGGAGGAGGACAGUGAGGAGGAUGUGGAAGAGGAGGACUCCUCAGAUUCUGAGUUUCCUGUGGAAUUGUCCAGGUUUUGUAGGACUACGUAUCCAGCCUAUAGCUCUAUAGAAGCCGCUGAGCUGGCAGAAAGGAUUGAGCGCAGGGAGCAAAUCAUUCAAGAAAUAUGGAUGAACAGUGGCCUAGACUCCUCGCUCCCCAGGAACAUGGGCCAUUUCUACUGAAAACCAGAUGCAUCUGGAUAAGAUUAUACUUUCUGAAGAAGGAAGGAUCCAGAAUGCGCUGUCUCCCCACCCUGUCCAGUUCUGGUCCACUUGUACCUUCUAUGAAGGAGAACCUGUCAUGUCAUCCGAGAUGGGUGAAGCCGGAAAGGUGUCAAAGGGACACCUCACUGUUUACAGCACACCCUGGAAUAAAUUGGGAGGAAGACGUGGA